AUGCCGCCUUUGCCUACUUUACUAAAUGAUUGUAUUGUAAAAUCAAAUAUUAAAAUUAAUCAAAGUAAUUUACAAACUUAUUGCAAAUAUUGUAUUAAUGCGUUAGGAAAAGAACAAGAAAAAAGGAACUAUUUUCCUAAUAAAAAAGACCGAAUUAUAUUACAUUUAAAAAAAUGUCCACAUUUCCUUAAUGCAACUACAGCUGAAAAACAAGCUGAAAUAUUUGAACUAAUUCCAGAUAACAAUUCAUCUACAAAAAAAAAAGUAUAUAAUAAACGAUCUUCAGAUUCAUCUAGAAAAGUGGUAGUUCGUUCAGAAGCUUUUGGUCCAAUUGACAACUAUGCUGUUCGGGCUUUAUCAAAAGAAAAUGCUAAACAAUUUAACAAGCUUUUGCUUAAAAUGACAGUUUCUUGUGAAUGGUCUUUAUUUUGGGUAAAUAAUCCUGAAGCAAAAGCAUGUUUUAAAUUUUUAAAUCUUCUUCUUGUACUUUCAGAUCGUCGUAAAUUAGGCAAUCAAGUUUUAACUGAAAUUGUUAAUGAGACUAAUAAAAAUAUGGAAAUUGCAUUAAAAAAAGAUAAGAUAUGUAUAACUUUAACUUACGACAGAUGGACAAAUGUAAAAAAUGAGCAUCUUCUAGGAACUGUUUUAUUAUCAUCUGAAGGAAAACCUUAUGUUUGGAAAGCUAUUAAUAUUAGCUCUGAGCGUGAAAAUUAUCAAGAAGUUAUAAAUAAAACUGAAUCAAUGCUUUUAGAAUUAGAAUUAAUAGAUAUUAAAGUAUAUGUAAUUGUUACAGAUAGUGCAGGUGCUUAUGUGGCUGCGAG